AAGAGGGGCACCCGGAGCACACCUCAUCCGACCGUUGCUUUGGUGUGGUGACCCGCGUGGUUGUCCUGUUUGGUCCAAGGGGAAGCUUGUUCUCUCCUGGCUGCCAGCCGUCCCCUCUUGUCGCAAGAACACAGGCGAUUGGGUGUCCGAUCGACGGCAGUACCUUCUGUAAGAUUCCGGAUGUUCUGACGACGUGACUGGGGAGACACGCCAGAACACCCAUCAUGUCCCACAAAUAUGUGUCCAACAAAGCUGUCUUACAGGACAAAGGGUUCCUUUCGAAGCUCGGCUCGACCCUGAUGGGCCGAUCCAACCCGGACCCGUUCGUAGACGUGAAGGUACAGUCAUCCAUCUCCUGGCACAAAACAUCUGAUGUAAAGGCGCGAAUCAAGACCGCCACGGGCACAAUACCUGUGUAUGAUGACCUCGGCGAGGAAGAGAUGGCCGUCCUUCAGGCGGAGGCCCUGGCAGCCGCCGGAGGAUCGGCCCCCUCGUUCUCUGGACCCGCGGCCGUGGCGGUGCAGACCGCUGCCCUGGCGGCAGGAUUCGGGCAAGAGGAAACAACACAAGAGGCAACGACCGUCGCGACCUACCUGGUGAAGGAGGACUACAGCCCCGAGGACUCCGAGGGGCUCGCCGCCGUGUCGGGACAGAAGCUGAUCCUCGUUGACAAAUCCAGCCCGAACAAACGCCCAAGACUCGAGGGAGAUGAGGCCGGCACGCAGCUCCUGGACAACUCCGCGGCUCGUCACAAGAUGGCGAUCCGACCCAAAAGAAACCAUCCCGACCCCCGAUCACGCGCCCACGACACCGGCGAGGAGAGAUGGCUGAUGCGAGACCAAGAAUCCGGGAAGGAGGGCCUAGUUCCCUCUCGUAUCCUGGAGUUGCACAGCGAAUUCACCACCAGCAUGAUCGCCAGCCUAAAGCGCUCUGUGCAGCAAAUCGCCAUGGAGGAGACGGCAGAGGUGAAGAAGAACCUCAUGAAGGAGAUCCGAGAAUACAAGUCCCGCAAGAGCUCUAGCAAGCUGCUUGGACCCUCACCUGAGGACGAAGCCAGAGCCAAGAGAGCGGCGACCAUCCGAGAGCUGAUCGAGACGGAGGAGGAGUUCGUGCGCGACCUGGAGUUCGUAAUGGAGAACUACUACGGCCUCAUGGACAAGAGCACGACGCCGCGCAAUGUCCGUGACCACAAGGAGCUCAUCUUCAACAACUUCAAAUUUAUCGCAGAUUUCCACAAGAACGUCCUGAUCGAAGGAGUGAAGUACAACGUGGAGGUGCCGAAGAUGAUUGGGAAAACUUUCCUUCGACUGGAACGUGACUUCGACAAGCACGCCGAAUACUGCAGCAACGAGCCGUUGGCUCAAGAAUUCAUCGAGAAUAAUAUUCCUGUUAAAGAAUUCUUCGAAGAGUACAGUCAGAAGCUCGGGGACGACAAGCGUCUCCAGGAGCACCUGAAGCUUCCCAUUCAGCGGCUCAACGACUACCAGCUCCUAAUCAGGGAGCUGGUCAAGUACAGCACUCGCCUGGGCGACGACCCCUCCGACCUCCAGCGUGCGUUUGAGUUAAUGCAAACGAUCCCCCAGCGGGCCACCGACGCUAAGUUCAUCAGCUCCAUUGAAGGUUUCAAGGGAAAUCUAUUCAAACUUGGCAGGCUUCUUAGACACGACUGGUUCAGUGUGAAGGAAGCUGGCCAAAAGGCUCGAGAUCGCUAUCUGUUCCUGUUCAAGGCGCGCAUCCUCAUCACAAAGGUCAAGCGGAUAUCCGAGGACCGCUCCAUCUUCAUCCUCAAAGACAUCAUCCGACUUCCAGAAACAUCUCUUGGAAGUUUGGACAACCCAAAGGCAAUCGAGUUUUUCCACAUCGAGUCCCUGACCCAUCCCAACUACCCUAUCUUCAUUGAGGCUCGAACGCCAGAAAUCCGUGAAGCCUGGCUGGCUGGGAUCGGAGAGUACGUCGUCGACACAGCAUCGGUCGAGGACCUCCUGUUUGACGACGAACUCCGCGUUGUGUCUCAGGACGUAGACGAGGACGACGCAGGUGUUGUCUCACCCGUCCCUGAAGUUCAGGAAUUCGAAGACCUUCCUGAAGACGGCGAAGCCGCUGAAGCUCUUCCAGAGCAGGAAGACUUUUGGGCGAGAGAACCAUCUCCUCCCGCUAAAAGGCAAAAACCAGAGGCUGUACCCGAGGGAAUCGCAGAGGUAGACUUUUGGGCACAGAAAGAACCCACCCCUCCGAGGAGAAAAACAGUCCCUGAGCUCACUCCCGCCGAGGAGGCUGCUCCAGAGCAGGUAGAGGAAUCCACUCCUGUAGCAGAGCAGGAAAAGGCAUCAGCUGAACAGGCUUCAUUCAUUCCUCAGGAACCCUCCCCAUCCGCACAGCAGACACCGAAGGACAAACCUGAGCCUUCGAAGCCUUCUGAAGCAAAGCCUGAGGCCCCGAAACCAGCUGAGGUCAAGCCUGAACCUCCCAAACCAACUGAAGCUAAGGUAGAGACUCCCAAACCAGCAGAGGUUAAGCCUGAGCCUCCCAAACUAGCAGAGCCUCCCAAACCAGCAGAGGUUAAGCCUGAGCCUCCCAAACCAGCAGAGGUUAAGCCUGAGCCUCCCAAACCAGCAGAGGUUAAGCCUGAGCCUCCCAAACCAUCAGAGGUUAAGCCUGAGCCUCCCAAACAAGCAGAGGUUAAGCCUGAGCCUCCCAAGCCAGCAGAGGUUAAGCCUGAGCCUCCCAAACCAGCAGAGGUUAAGCCUGAGCCUCCCAAACCAACAGCGGUACCGAAGCAGGAACCUCCUAAACCCGAAGUUCAGACCAGAGCCCCUCUUGCGAAGCUUGCUACUCCAGCACCCCACAAAAUGCAGGAACCAACUACUCCGUUCACUCCAGGCGGAACGCCCAAGCCUGUCUUUACCAAGACCCUCAAGGGAGAUGUUGUAGAACCCGGCGAUGGCGUGACCUUCGUAUGCGAGGUCGCACACCCCGCGCCCUACUUCAUCACUUGGCUCAAGGACUCCAAGCCGUUGGACGACAAGCUGGCCGACCGUGUCCAGCAGACGGACGCAGGAGCCAAGCACGCCCUCAAGAUGACCGACGAAGGCUGCAAGCAUACACUUCAGGUACUCAACUGCCGUGUCGAGGACUCGGGCAUCUACACGGCCAAAGCAACGGACGAGAACGGCGUUUGGUCCACGUGCUCGGCCCAGCUCCUCGUCCAAGAGCUGACGGAGGAGGAGCGCGCCCGCCGCAUCGCCGAGAAAUCUCCGUUCUUCAUGGUCCGCAUGAAGCCCACGCAGGUCAUCGAGAACACCAACCUGUCCUACACCAUCCACGUCAAGGGCGACCCAAUGCCCAAUGUAACCUUCUUCAAGGACGAUAAAGAGCUAAAGGAGGACGCGCGCGUCACCAUUCACCGCGACGCCGCCAUCGGCCACUAUGAGCUGCUCAUCACUCACGUCCAGCGAGAGGACGAGGGAACCUACAAGUGUGUUGCAACAAACAAGUUCGGAAAGGCCGAGUGUGAGGCCUCCAUGACGGUGACCGAUGAAGAAAUGUUGUACGAAAGUCUCAGCGGUAAGGGAUCUCUGCUCGCGCAGGGAGAAAAGGCAGAGUUCAAGUGGUUCCGCGAUGGAGUUGAAUUCGACCCUCACGAGAGGUUCAAUGUUAUGUUCAAGGACGACGAGGACACCCUGGCACUGGUGUUCCAGAACGUGACUCCCGAGGACGCCGGUCUCUACACCUGCGUUGCGUCCACCUCCUGCGGCAAGAUCUCCUGCUCUGCCGAGCUCACUGUGGAAGGUUCCAUUAACCGUCUGCAGCGCGACCCAGAGCCACCAAACUUCAAGGAAGAACUCACUGAUACUCAGGUCAAUGUUGGAGGAUCGGCCAUGUUAGAGUGCAAGAUUGGCGGAUACCCCAAGCCUGAACUCGCAUGGACCCGCAAUGGCCUGGACGUUAAGGCUGGUGGAAGGGUCAAAUUCCUCUGGGAAGACGAAGAAAGCGUCGCCCUCAUCAUCAAGAACUGCGAGGAGAAGGACGCUGGACUCUACCGCGUCAUCGCAAAGAACGAACUUGGAGAAGUCAGUUGCUCCGCCAAGCUGGGAAUCAAAGCCGGACCGAAGAUUGUGAGUAUGAAGAAGGAGGUAGCGUGCGUCGUCGGCCAGAAACUCGACUACCGCGUCGAAGUCGAGGGAGAGCCCACGCCUGAAAUCAGAUGGUUGAAGGAUGGGAAGCAACUCAUGGAAAGCGAUCACAUUAAGUUCACGAAGGAGUCUGACACAGUGUUUGCCUUCAAGAUCGACAGCAUGCAGAUGGACGACUGCUGUACAUACACGGUCGUGGCCAGCAACCCCAUGGGCCAGGUGUCCGAGUUCUUCACCAUCGCUACAGACUCAGCUCCUCAGAUCACCCGCGGCCUCGACCCCGAGAUCGAGAAGCGAUUCACCUACGACAUCGCCCUUGAAGUCCGAGGUACCGGCAGCCCCAAGCCCAUGGCCAAAUGGUACAAGAACGGGAAGGAGAUCAUGGCUGACGACAGGUUCAAGAUGGUCGUUGAUGAAUCCUUCUACAUUCUUAAGAUCCGCCGCUUGGAGAGGAAGGACAAGGGCACCUAUUGCUGCGAGCUCUCCAACUCGAGCGGAACUGCGAAGACCGAGGGUGUGUUGUCGGUGCGAGCUCCUCCAGACUUCGUCACGCCGCUUAAGGAUGCGUGCGCCAAGGAAGGCGGGAAGGACGUCAAGAUGUUCGUCGAGUGGGAAGCCAACCCGGCGCCAACCGUCAAAUGGUUCUUCAACGACAAGCCCAUUCGCGACGACACCCCCGGCUAUACCCUCCGCGGACAGGACACCAGCAUGGUGCUCACCAUUCACGAAGCGACGGAGGACGUUGUGGGCACGUACACCGUCAAGGCAACUAACGAGUAUGGCGAAAGCGUCUGCAAGGCCAGGUUCCGUCUGCACGAAGCUCCUGUUGUUACCGAAGGCCUCAAGGACGCAGAAUUCCUUGAAGACAGCAGUGCGAAGUUUACCUUCAAGGCAACGGGCGUUCCCACUCCCGAGAUCAAAUGGACGAAGGACGGCAAGAAAUGGAGCCCCGACAUGAACCGCGUGAAGCUCAAGCAGGAGGGCGACGACACCUUCACGCUCUACUUCGACGAGGCCAAGACCGAGGACUCGGGCCAUUACGUGGCUACGAUUUCCAACGUCGAGGGUACCGCAAGCACCGAGGCCACCAUCGUUGUCAACACGCCGCCCCACAUCAAGGGCAGCAACUUCAGGGACGGCAAGACUUUCAUCGCCAUGCAUAAAUUUGUGCUGGAAGUGGAAGCCACCGCAGUGCCCGAGGCGGAGGCGACCUGGUAUUUCAACGACAAGAAACUCUCCGUGGAGGAAGAUAAUGUCAAGUUCGCCUUCGACGGCAGCAAGUACACAAUGGAAAGGAUUGGCAGCGAUCCAGAGCACAGCGGACAGUACAAGUGUGUGUUGAAGAACAAGAUCAAGGAAGUGGAGGAGGUUGGACAGGUCACCGUCAUCGAGAAAGAAGCUCGAGUACGCCGCCCACUCGAAGAUAUUUAUGUCAAAGAGAACACAGAUGCCACACUCAAGUGCCAGAUCGUGGGAGACCCCAUCCCCAGCGUGGAGUGGCUUCGUAACGGAAAGCCUCUGCCGCCGUCGGAGCGUUACGAGGUAUCGGAGGAGCGCAUGAAGGGCUGGCACACGCUCGUCCUCAAGGAGGUCACCGAGCAGGACAAGAGCACCUUCACCGUGAAGGGCAAAAACAAGCACGGCGAGUGUGAGACCACGGCGCGCUUGGGUGUGCUGGUCCGGCCUCAGCCAGGAGAACUUAACGAUGCCACCGUCGAUUAUGGAAAGGAUCUUCUCCUCAACGUUGCCAUCCAUGCCUUCCCGCCUCCCAAGAUGGUUUGGACCUUGGACGGCCGCGAACUGCAGGAGGGCGACCACUACGAGUACACAAGGGACGAGGAAAAGGAAGUUUACGGUCUCCUCGUUCAUUCGGCUGUCCUGGAGGACGCCGGCAAGAUCACCUUCACUGCCUCCAAUGCUGCAGGUUCCGAGUCUGGGUCCUGCACCGUCAAAGUACACACCGAGAAGCCAGCUAUCGUGGCGGAUCUGGAGGACUUGAGCUUCUGCCUGGAGGACGACGCCGUGUUCACCCUCCGCGCCUCGGGCCUCCCACUCCCCGACGUCGAGUGGAAGCUGCACGACAAGGUGGUCAAGGCGGACGAGCGCCACGUCUUCACCAACCCCGAACCGGGCGUCUACUGCAUGACCAUCAAGGACGUCUGCAUGAACGACUACGGCCCUGUGGCGGUCGUGGCCAAGAGUCUAGUGGGCGAGUGCGCGUCGGCCGCAAAGUUCUCGCAGAAGAAGAUACCGUGCGAAGUGGUUGAGGGCCUGGAGAACGUCACCAAGGGCGCCGAAGGGGAUGACGUCACUCUCACCGUCAAGAUCAGGGCUUCGCCGAGACCCAACUUCGUUUGGACGAAGGACAGCGACAACUGCGAGGCCAGCGAGAAGAUCGUAAUCGAGAUGAAGAAGACGUCGUACUGCGAGGCGACCAUCUCCCUCACUCUGGUCGAGGCCUCCUCCAUCGACUCCGGCCAGUAUCGCCUCAGGUUCCAGAACGAGCUUAACGAGGAGAGCUCAGAGACCGCACUCAUCGUCAGGCCCGAGCGCAGGAAGCCCAAGAUCACCAAGCCACCCAAGGAACUGCAAGUCUUAGAGGGGAAACGCGGCAUUUUCCAAGCCAAGGUUACUGGAUUCCCCAAACCCGAGGUCAAGUGGAUGAAGGAUGGACGGCAGAUCUACCCGACAGACAUCAUUGACACUGGUGUCACUGGAGACGGAUUCCAGUACCUUGAGUUCAAAACAGUUACCAUGGAGGACGUUGGUCAAUACACCAUCUUUGCUUCCAACGAAGAGGGAACCGCUGAAUUCCAUACUUCACUUACUGUCGUUCCUCCUCCAUCGAAGCCCGAGUUCCUCCAGAGCUUGAAAGCCAGCAAGGUCAUUCUGGGAUACCCAGUUAGGAUGGAGGUUAAGCUUGGCGGACACCCGAUGCCAGAAGUCCAGUGGUUGAAGGACGGCCAGCCUCUCAACAUUGACGGAACGCACUACAAGCAGAUCGUGGAGCCCGACGGGACGGUGAUCCUGCAGAUCGACGCGGCCACCGAGGGCGAUAUGGGAGAAAUCACGUGCGUAGCGAAGAACCCCGAGGGCGACUCCCAAUCAUCCGCCACACUCUCCGUCCUCGGCUUCAAGCGCGAGGACGGUCAGCCCGACGGCCCUGCUGCCUUCACCGAAGGCCUCAAGGACAUGUGCUUCGACGAGGGUAUGGUGAUGCGCCUGCCCGUGGCGAUGAAGGGCGGUCCAGUUCCGAACAUGAAGUGGUACAAGGACGGCCAGGAGAUCAAAUUGGACGACCGCUGCUUCUUCACCUACGACGGCGAUCGGACAUACCUUGAAAUCCGUCCUUGCAAGGGAUCCGACUCAGGAAUGUACAAGUGUGUAAUCCAGAACAGCCAUGGAUCGGCUGAGACGGAGUGCGAAGUGUCCAUCAGGAAGUGCUACGAACCUCCAUUCUUCACCAGCACCUUCACCAGAAUGGAUAAGCUGCCUGGUAGUGAGGUUAAGAUGUCGGUGAGGUACGACGGCGUGCCCAAGCCCGAGCUCUCCUGGUUCCACAACGGCGAACCCAUCCUACACGACGGCGACAAGUACCGCAUCAGGAAGGAGGGCGAUGGCCAGACUCUCACGGUGAAGGAGCUCACCUACAGCGACUCUGGCAACUGGAAGGUUGUCGCCAAGAACCGCGAGGGAGAAACUGAGCACGAGGCAGAACUCAAUGUUUCUGAUGACGUAGAUCCUAACAGGCGCGUGGAGGCCCCUGUGUUCAUGAAGGUGAUUGGAGACCAAGAGCUUUUCGAAGGCUACAACGCUCUCUUCAAGGCCGUGGUGUCGGGCAAGCCAGAGCCUGAGUUCAAGUGGCUCAAGAACGGAGGCACUAUCGUGGCAUCGAACCGCGUUAUUAUGGAGCGCGAUCCUGAGGGUCUCAUUCGUCUCACCAUUAAGAGGAUCACGCCCGAGGACGCCGGCCAGUACACGCUCAAGGUCUGGAACGAUUAUGGCGAAGCCAUCUGCCACGGGAAGCUCAUCUGCGAGACCCUGACCAGCAGGAAAAAGCGACCGGUGGGCGACGAGUACAAGGGCUUCGAUAGGAUCAGGCGCUCCGGCGUCCCUAUGCCGCUGCCCGAGAAGCCCAUGAUCAGCGCCCUAGCAGACCGCCGCCUCACCCUUUCCUGGAUGCCCCACCUCGCCGCGGCCCAGACCAUGCCCUGCACUUACCAGGUGGAGAUGUGCGACGCGCCCGACGGCGACUGGUUCACGGUUAGAACAGGUAUUCGCGGCUGCAGCGUUGACAUCACCAACCUCAUGCCAAAAGGCGACUACAAGUUCCGCGUCCGCGUAGCAAACAAGUAUGGUGUGUCUGAGCCAUCUCCUUACGUCGCCACCCAGAGGUUUAAGCUGGAAUUGCCUGCCGUCCGCUACGAGCCGCAGAUGGACCCCAACUACGAGUACAAGGGCGAUGGACCAUACGUCCCGAGGGCUUCAGGAUCAGCCGCGACUCUCUGGGCAACUAUUUCGCUGCCCCAAGGUUCCUCCGCCUGCCGCACGACACGCAGUAUGGCUUGA